GUACGAGAGGUUUGUGUGAUGUAACACUGUUUUGGGCAGUAAAAAAUAAGCGAAAAAGAAUUCGAACUAGACAUCGUUUUGUGUUGUGACAAUUUAAAAUGUUAAUAAAAUCGCCGAAAAGUGUUAACGCGUAAAAGGAGAGCGUAAUUAGGGCGUUGUUGGGCGCAAUAAAAUUCAAUAACUCAACUUUCCCGGAUAUUCAACUCAUCAAACAUUUUAUUACUUCAUAGUUUCUCACACCUAUUUGGUUAAAAGCAAAAAUAUAUAGAUUUGGUUUGGUUUGGGAUGCAAGCAGUUCGACGAAACAAGUAUUCAUUAAAAACGUUCAGGCUAGGACGAAGAAGAGAUUUGGACGAGGACGAUUUAACCCAACCUCUGGAUGAACACAAGUCUUCCCUUCUUGGCGAUAAAUUAGCGAGGAACUGGAGCAAAGAAGUGAAACACGCUACCAAACAUAAGAAAAAGCCUAGCCUGUCCAAAGUCAUCAUUAAAACGUUUCGUUAUGAUAUUAUAUUCUACGGAGUAAUAUUGUUUAUUAUGGAAGUCUUUGUGCGAAUGUCACAACCCAUAUUUAUAGGAUUGUUUAUACGAUAUUUUAAUACCGAAAACAGAUUAAGUAAAGAACCACAAUAUCCUCCGACGUGGUUUAUGAGGGUUUUCUACUAUUUCUCCAAGGAACAAAGUCGUAUAUCCAAAGCGGAAGCCUACUUUUUUGGUUGCCUUAUUAUGCUGUGCAGCAUCAUAGUCGUUGGUACAUUCCAUCCGUACAUAAUGGCUGCCUUACACGUGGGAAUGAGAGUACGAGUAGCCUGUUGUUCCUUAAUAUAUCGAAAAGUUUUGAGACUCAGACUGACUUCGCUAGGUGGAAAGACGGUGGGUAAUGCAAUCAACUUAAUGUCAAAUGAUGUUAUGCGCUUCGAUAUGGCACCGUUAUUUUUGCAUUAUCUCUGGAUAGCGCCAUUACAAGGAACACUGAUCUGUUAUUUUAUUUAUCUUGAAAUAGAAAUAGCUUCUUUUUAUGGGAUGCUCUCUGUUAUUGUCAUAAUGCCGUUGCAGAUUAUAUUAAGUUUUUGCACAUCGGUUUUACGCAAUAAAGGAGCAAUACGAACCGAUGAGAGAGUUCGUCAAAUGAACGAAAUCAUCCAGGCAAUGCAGGUGAUCAAGAUGUACGCGUGGGAAAAUGCUUUUGCCAGUUUAAUAAGCAAUUUAAGGAAGAGAGAGUUGAAAAUAUUGCUUCUGACGUCUUACGUAAGAGGAAUAACUAUGUCGUUUAUCAUGUUUACAUCAAGAACGGGUGUGUUCUUAUCCAUAAUGACUUACGUACUUUUAGACAACCAUAUAACUGCCGAAAAAGUAUUUUUAAUUGGUUCGUAUUAUCAAAUCGUAAGACAGACUCUGACAGUAUUCUUUCCUCAAGGAUUAAACGCGAUUGCAGAAACUGUAGUUUCCAUAAAACGGAUUCAGGACUUUUUAUUGACAGAUGAAUCUCUAGCUGGAGAUCGAGCAAUAAUGGAUCCUGAAAUGACUGAAUUAGUUAGUAAAUCUCGUGUUAUCUCUACUCGAGAUUUAGGUGCAACCAGUUCAAGGAAAUUCGAUUUACGCGAUAUGGAUGACUUUAAAUCUAGUGAAGAGUUUUACCUUGUAAAGAUAUUUAGAGCAAUCGCAAAAUAUGGGGAGAAUAUGUGUCUGGAUAAUAUAAAUAUCCAAAUUAAGGCUGGCGAAUUAGUUGCUGUAGUUGGGCCGGUUGGAGCAGGUAAAAGUUGUCUCCUUAACUUGAUUUUGGGAGAAUUGCGAUUGUUCAGUGGAAAACUGUCUGUUUUGGGUGAUGUUUCAUAUGCUUCGCAGGAGCCAUGGCUUUUUAUAGGAAGCGUACGUCAAAACAUUUUGUUUGGAAGGGAGUACGAUUCAGCAAGAUAUCAGCAAGUAAUAAAAGUAUGUGCGCUGCGCCGAGAUUUUUCUCUUUUGCCGUACGCUGACCGAACAGUAGUUGGAGAAAGGGGCAUAUCACUAAGUGGGGGACAAAGAGCUAGAAUUAACUUAGCUAGAGCAGUAUAUAAACCCGCUGAAAUAUAUUUGCUGGAUGAUCCUCUUUCGGCUGUAGAUAUACAGGUUGGCCAGCAGCUUUUUGAAGAUUGCAUGGUUAAGUAUUUAUCCGAUAAAGUGGUCAUUCUCGUAACACAUCAGCUUCAGUAUUUAAAAAGAGCCGACAAAAUUAUCAUAAUCAAUGACGGAAGUAUACAAAUACAAGGAACUUACGAGGAUAUUAGAAAAAGCGGCGUGGGCUUUGCCACUUUGUUGGAAGAAGCUACAGCUAUAGCUGGUGGUGGUGGACCACCUGGAUUAGUAGAAGAUAAAGAAGUAGAUAGAGUGAUCAGAGCAAUUUCUAUUACCAGUGCAGCUUUUAAUAGCGUGAUUGAUAUAGAGGGUUUAAAAUUGGGACCUAAAGUAGCAGCUGAAAUGCGAACUCUUGGAACAGUAGGCAUGGGGAUCUAUAAAGAAUAUUUCUUAGCAGGAGGUAAUUGCUGCGGGCUUAUAUUAAUGUGGCUUCUAUUUUUCGGAGCACAAUUCUUAGCUAGCGGAGGUGAUUACUUCUUAAGUCAAUGGGUUAUUUUAGAAGAGUCAGGAUACAAUUCUGGUAAAGGUACAUUGAAAACUUUUUGGGAUAAACUUGAUCAGGAGGAAUGUAUAAGAAUAUAUACUAUUUUUAUGGUAGCAACAAUAAUACUAGCAGUACUUAGAAGUCUUUACUUUUUCUCACUUUGCAUGAGGGCCUCUUUAAGGCUACAUGACAGAAUGUUUGUAAGUAUCAUACAUGCAGCUAUGAAUUUUUUUCAUACCAACACUUCAGGAAGAAUAUUGAACAGGUUUUCAAAAGAUUUGGGACAAGUUGAUGAACUACUACCAAAUGCAUUUAUUGAUACAACUCAGAUCAUGUUAAAUCUGAUCGGAGCUAUAAUUAUUGUGUGCUUUGUAAAUUACUGGUUGAUAUUACCCGUAGCUGUUAUGAUUGUAUUGUUCUACUUUCUUAGAGAUUUUUAUUUGAAAACCAGCAGAAGUGUAAAAAGAUUAGAAGGCAUCGCAAGAAGUCCAGUAUUUGCGCAUUUAAAUGCCACUCUACAAGGUUUACCCACUAUCAGAACAAACAAUGCAGAGAAAAUACUUGUUGACGAAUUUGACUACCUUCAAGAUGUUCAUAGCAGCGCAUGGUUUAUGUUUCUAUACACGUCUAGAGCGUUUAGUUUAUGGUUGGACUGGUUAACUGCAGUUUUUAUUGGAGUCGUUACGUUUAGUUUUGUGAUUUUCUCCGAUAAAUUUUAUGGAAGCAAUGUAGGUUUGGCCAUAACUCAAUGCAUAGGAUUAACUGGAUUAAUUCAGUGGGGUAUGAGACAAUCAGCCGAACUUGAAAAUCAAAUGACUUCAGUGGAACGAGUUUUAGAAUUUACACGAGUUGAACACGAGCCUGAUCUAUAUUCGCGACCUGACAAAAAACCUCCUGCAUCGUGGCCAAAAAGGGGUCAAAUAGAAUUCGUUAAUACUAGUAUGAGGUAUAGUCUACACGAAGCACCGGUCUUAAAGAAUCUUAACAUUGUUAUAUAUCCUAAACAGAAGAUCGGAAUAGUUGGUAGAACCGGUGCUGGUAAAUCUUCUUUGAUAGUAACAUUGUUUCGAUUAGCUUAUUUUGAAGGAGAAAUCUACAUUGAUCAUUUGGAUAUCGGAGUAUUGGGAUUACACGACUUGAGAAGAAAAAUCUCUAUUAUUCCUCAGGAGCCAGUGCUAUUUAAUGGUACAUUACGAUAUAACUUGGACCCAUUUAAUGAAUACCAAGAUCAAAUGAUGGUGCAUGCAUUAGUAGAUGUGGAAGACAAAUGUGCAAUGACAAAAGGAAAAGAAUGUCUGGACAAAGUAAUGUCAGAAGGAGGUGCAAACGUAAGCGUGGGACAAAGGCAAAUGAUAUGUUUAGCCCGUGCCAUUCUGCGAAACAAUAAAAUUCUGGUAAUGGACGAGGCAACUGCAAAUGUAGAUGCACAAACUGACAAAUUAAUUCAGAAAACAAUUAGACAUAAAUUUGCUCAGUGCACAGUUCUUACUAUAGCUCAUAGAUUGCAUACCGUUAUGGAUUCAGAUAAGAUUCUAGUUAUGGAUGCCGGUCAAGCAGUGGAGUUUGAUCAUCCUCAUAUAUUGUUACAAAACAAUACUGGAUAUUUAUCAGAGUUAGUAAGAAAAACGGGAACGGGCACAGCGGCUAGUUUAAAGAAAAUUGCAAAACAGAAUUUUGAAGAAAGACAAAAGCAACAAAUAAUAUUAGAGAGACAAGAAACAGAUUCAAUUUCUACACAAAGCUCGUACAGUUCAUUGUGAUUUAUUAGUUUUAUAUAUAUUUUUUAAAUAUAAGUUUUCAUGUUUCAAGAAAAUAUUUAUGAUUAAAAUUUUACAACUACUAGUCAUUGGGGCACUUGAGACAGACAGGUAACCGAGAUAGAUUAAUAAGUGUAUGACCGUUGAUUGAAGAAAAAAGAAGAUGUGCAACAGUAUGGGCGAUUUCGUGGCAGAAAAGCUGUCCGAGAUGUAGCUGGCGUUACCGUCAGCCUGUCCGAAAUUUAGUUUAGCUCUGCGCCGCUGCGCGCUGAAUGUCGUUUACAGCGCAGCGCAUAAAUAAUACUGUACUCUAGUUCUGCUUUCAGUCGAAAGAGUGAGUGA